CAAGCUACAUAUCUCUUACUUAUAAAGAGACAAACACCCUAAAAGAUAUUCAUCGAUGAGAUAUAUCAGCAGAGAUUUCACAUCCAGUAAUACAUCUUCUGAAGAAACGAAGGAAGCAUAGAGAGAGUUGUGAGAGAUGGUAUCCAAACCAGAAGCUAAUUAUAUGCCUCAUAUGGUUUUGAUCCCGAGUCCAUUUCAAAGCCAUAUAAAAACCAUGCUUAAAUUGGCAAAACUCUUACACUCCAAAGGCUUUCACAUAACAUUUGUCAACACAGAAUUCAAUCACCAACGUUUCUUGAAAUCAGGAGGCCUAGAUGCCCUUGAUGGCUUGCCCCACUUCAAGUUUGAAACCAUCCCUGAUGGCCUGCCGCCUUCACAUAUAGAUGCUUCCCGGGAAAAUAUUCCUCUUGCCAUGGCUGUUGAAAAUAAUAUGUUAGCUCCCUUAAAGGUUCUUCUAGCGAAACUUGACAAUCCUCCGAUUACUUGCCUAGUUUCUGAUGUUUUCAUGCGAUUCAUCAUCACAGCUGCUGAAGAACUUGGACUCCCAAUUUUGAUGCUUGUCACCAUGUCUGCAUGUGGAUAUAUGGGAUUCAAGCAGCUUCAUGACCUCAAGGAGAAGGGCUUCCUUCCACUUAAAGAUGAAAGUUAUCUAAGAAAUGGUUAUCUUGAAAAUACAAUUAUAGAAGGAAUCCCUGGUAUGAAACCGCUCCAACUUAAAGAUUUUCCGUAUAGUCGAACAAUAGAUCCAGAUGACUUUGUAUUCAACUUUGCAAUGCGAGCUGCUGAGGCUUCUGUUAAGGCUCAUGCAAUUGCUAUUCAUACUUUUAAUGCAUUGGAGCAAGAUGUUUUGGAUGGCCUUUCCACUAUAUUUCCUCGUGUGUAUUCCAUCGGUCCACUCCAGUUGCUUCUCAAUCAAAUUCAACAAGAUGGUUUGAACUCUAUUGGAUACAAUCUAUGGAAAGAAGAUAGUGAAUGCCUUCAGUGGCUAGAUACCAAGGAGCCCAAGUCAGUUGUCUAUGUGAACUUUGGAAGCAUAGCAGUGAUGACAGCAGAGCAGCUGGUUGAGCUUGCGAUGGGGCUAGCUAAUAGCGAGAUCUCGUUCUUGUGGAUAAUAAGGCCGGAUUUGGUUACCGGUGAGUCGGCGAUUUUGCCAGCUGAGUUUCAAGCGGAAACUCAGAAUCGUGGUUUCGUGACUAGUUGGUGUCCACAAGAGGAAGUUCUGAACCACCCAUCAGUUGGGGGAUUUCUAACUCAUAGUGGUUGGAAUUCGAUUAUUGAAAGCUUGUGUGCUGGAGUGCCACUGAUAUGUUGGCCCUUAUUUGCUGAUCAACCAAUAAAUUGUAGGUAUGCUUGCACUGAAUGGGGAGUUGGCAUGGAGAUUGAUAACAAUGUCAGGAGGGAAGAAGUGGAGAAGCUAAUCAGAAACUUGAUGGGAGGAGAAGAUUGUAAGAAAAUGAGGGAAAAGGCCGAACACUGGAAGAAGGUGGCGGAAGAGGCUACUGUCCCUAAUGGUUCAUCAUCCAUUAAUUUAGACAAGUUCAUCAAUGAAAUGUUACAAUCAAACAUCACUUUGUAACCUAUGAUCAUGCAAAAGAGAAAAUACUUCUGUGAUGGGAUUUUAUUGCAUGCGAAUUGCAGAAAGCUAGUGUUUGCACUAA